AUGGCAAAUCCGCGUGUAGUCGUGGUCGGUGCCGGAGCAGCGGGUAUUGCCGCUGCUAGCAAACUCUACCAGAGUGGCAUUACGAACGUAACGAUUCUCGAGGCAUCGGAUCGCUACGGAGGACGCCUCCAUACGACUCCGUUCGGUAGUGCCGGCGUUGUGGAGCUGGGUGCCCAGUGGUGCCACGGCGAGCAAGGUAACGUGGUUCACGAGCUAGCGUCCGGUUUUCCUGGUCUUUUGAAAUCAUCCGUUGCCGCGGAAAAAAUCGUGCUAGUGCGCUCAAACGGCCAGCGAGUGGAUCCAGAUGUUUUUGAGCGCCUGAUGGCUAUGAGCGAAGCACUUGUGGAAUCGGAAGAGCGCGACGAGUUCGAAGGAAGUUUAGGAGAAUUUUUCACGGCCAAAUACUGGGAAAAGAUCGAUAAAGAAGAAUCCUUCCGCGAUGUCGAACGAGCGUUGGCUGAACAGUUUCUGGUCUAUUAUUAUAACUACAAUCGGGGCUACAAUGCGUACGAUUCGUGGUAUGAAGUGGCCGCUCAGGAAACCGACAGCUAUGAGCCAGCGGAAGGAAAUCAGGCACUUGCCUGGACAGGGCCCAAGGGGUUCUCUACCGUUCUGGAUAUUCUGUCGGGUAAUUAUCCAAGUUCUAGCCUUGCCCCCGUGCCACUGGAGCAGCUCACUAAAUUUAAUGAAUUGGUUACCAACAUUGAUUGGCGCGAAACUCCAGCGCAUACUGUCAUUGUGACCACCAAAAUCGGAUCGUGCUACGAUGUUGACCAUGUGAUCCUAACGGUCCCGUUGGGUGUUCUGAAGGAAGCUUAUCGUACACUGUUUACCCCACCGAUACCUUCUAUCAACCAGAACGCCAUUGAGGGAAUUUACUUCGGCACACUGAACAAAGUUUUCCUUUCAUUCGAUACUCCUAUUCCGGAGCAGCUUGGAAACGUGCUUCAUAUGUUGUGGUACGAGAAUGAUUUGAAAACGCUGCGUGAAUCAAAGCAUUCCUGGGCGGAAGCGGUGUCCACCUUUUCGAGGGUCGACGGUCAGCCCAACGCCCUGUGCGCCUGGUUAAACGGCCCCGAAGGUCGGCAGGCAGAACAGCUUCCGGAUGACACGGUUCAGGAAGGAUUGCUCUAUCUUUUGAGUAUAUUUGCCAACAACGUCCACUUUGGGAAGGUUCAAGCAAUUUUAAGGUCCAACUGGUCAUCAAACCGUCUCUUCCGCGGCUCGUACUCUAGCCGAUCGAUCACCACGGAGCGCAUGCAAACGGGCGCCAAAUAUCUUACCUACCCGUUGAUGGACGCCAUGAAUACUCCGCGGGUUCUGAUGGCCGGAGAAGCUACCAGCCACGUGCAUUACGGAACGGUGCAGGGCGCCAUCGAGAGCGGACAGCGUGAAGCACAGCGCUUAAUCGAUCUGUACAAGUGA